CAUUCUAUUUCUGUUCAGUAGGCAAGACCCUGGGAAGACUUUUUUUUCCUUUUUGCACAUAUCGUCUGAGAAACAGUUCAUUCAAAAAUGAUGUGCCCCUGGAAACGGUUCAUGAAGAUCGGAACUGUUAAAGAAAAAUUGUCUUGCCAUGAAAUCGACAUGAACAAUAAUCAGGACUUCGGAAAAACACACAGCAAAAUCAUAAAAGAAGCAAUCGAUUUCAAUGGCAAGAAGCAAACAAUGGCUGAACUCAAAUCUGUAUCGGAGAAAAGAUUUCCAGAAAACAUAAAGCAGUCGCAGAAAAGAGAAACCUGUCCUAAAUAUUUGAAGCUGAAGAAUUUUGAAAAUGGAACAAUCUUCCAAGACACUUUACACCUCAAAGCAAAGAAGAACCUAGGCUGCCAGUCUAAAAUAUGUCAGGGAUCCAUCAUGAACCCAAAGGUGUAUAUAAGAGGCCCCAGGACUGAGCCAGUGCCACAAGAUGAAAUUUUACUUCAAGCAAUUGAAUUUGUUAACCAGUACUACAGCUCCUUCAAAGAGCCUCAGAUAGAAAAUCACCUCAACAGGCUGGAAACUGUGGCCAAAGAAAUAGAAUGUACCGGCACCUACCAGCUAACUAAAGAUGAGCUUAUCUAUGCAACCAAGAUGGCUUGGAGAAAUGCUCCCCGGUGCAUUGGACGAAUACAGUGGUCCAACUUACAGGUUUUUGAUGCUCGUGACUGCAAGACAACCAAAGAAAUGUUUGAUCACCUAUGCCGUCACUUAAAUUACUCGUCAAAUGGAGGAAACAUAAGAUCUGCUAUUACCAUAUUUCCUCAGAGGACUGAUGGGAAACAUGAUUUCAGAGUGUGGAACAGUCAGCUUGUUCGUUAUGCCGGCUUUCAAAUGCCAGAUGGAUCAAUCCUUGGAGACCCAGCCAGUAUAGAAUUUACAGAGUUGUGUAUCCAUCUUGGAUGGAAGCCACAAUACAGUCGGUUUGAGAUCCUCCCUUUGGUGCUUCAGGCAAAUGGCCAAGAUCCAGAUUUGUUUGAGAUCCCCUCAGAUAUCAUCGAUGAAGUACCAAUAGAACACCCAAAGUAUGAGUGGUUCAAGGAACUUGGCCUGAGGUGGUAUACGUUACCUGCAGUUGCCAAUAUGCUUCUUGAAGUUGGAGGUAUAGAGUUCUCUGCUUGCCCAUUCAACGGCUGGUACAUGGGGACAGAAAUUGGCGUGCGGGAUUUCUGUGAUGUUCAGCGGUAUAAUGUGCUUGAGGAAGUAGGAAGGCGACUGGGUUUAGAGACACACAAACUGACUUCAUUGUGGAAAGACCAAGCUGCGAUUGAGCUCAAUAUUGCUGUUCUAUAUAGUUUUCAGAAACACAACGUGACCAUUAUGGAUCACCACUCUGCAGCGGAAUCCUUUAUGAAGCACCUGGAGAAUGAGUACCGGUUACGAGGAGGCUGCCCAGCUGACUGGGUUUGGCUUGUCCCCCCAAUGUCAGGCAGCAUUACACCAGUGUUUCACCAAGAAAUGCUGAAUUACAUUCUAAGCCCCUUUUAUUACUAUCAGAUUGAUGCUUGGAAAACUCACGUGUGGCAGGACGAAAACCGUAAGCCAAAGAAGAAGGAAUUCAAGUUUAGUGUAGUGGCAAAGUCUGUGCUAUUUGCUUCCUCACUCUUAAAGAAAACUGUGGCUGCCAGAACCAAAGUAACGAUCCUCUAUGCGACAGAAACUGGGAAAUCUGAAACAUUUGCAAAGAAACUGCAAGAAUUGUUCAGUUAUGCCUUCAAUGCCAAGGUUCUCUGUAUGGAUGACUAUAACAUCAGAAACUUGGAGAAUGAAACUCUUUUACUGGUGGUGACGAGCACUUUCGGAAACGGAGACUGCCCAGGAAACGGAGAGAAAUUUAAGAAAGCAAUGUUUUCUUACAAAGAGCUAAAGAACAAAUUAAGGUAUGCUGUUUUUGGCCUUGGAUCCAGCAUGUACCCGCAGUUCUGUGCAUUUGCUCAUACAGUAGACCAAAGACUGGCACAGCUUGGGGCCACGCAAAUCAGCAUUACUGGUGAAGGAGAUGAACUCAGUGGGCAGGAAGAGGCUUUCCUAAAUUGGGCAGUUCAAACAUUUAAGGCUGCAUGUGAACUAUUUAAAAUUCGAGACAGACACAAUAUUCAUUUACCUAAGUGUUACACCUCAACGGAAACCUGGAGUGCAGCAAAUUAUCGCCUUGUUAAUGAGAACCAACCAUAUGACCACAUCAAAGCACUCAAUAAAUUGCACUCCAGGAGCAUACUGCCAAUGAAACUGAAAUCUAGGCAGAACUUGCAAAGCCUCAAAUCCAGCCGUGCCACACUGCUUGUGAAGCUUUCCUAUGAGAACAGUCAGGAAGUACGAUAUAUGCCAGGAGAACAUGUUGGUUUGUUUGCUGGAAACCAUCCAGAGCUAGUAAUGAGCAUAAUUAGACAUCUGAAGGAUGCUCCGCCCGGCAAUCAACAUAUCCGACUGGAGACACGGACUGAGCAGGAUAACUUCUGGACAAUCAGUGAAAAAAUCCCUCCUUGCUCUUUGACACAAGCACUGACAUAUUUCCUAGACAUAACUACGCCACCGACGCAGCUUCUGCUGAAAAAACUCUCCCUGCUGGCGACCGAGGUCACGGAUAAAAACAGGCUGGAAGAGUUAAGCAAAAAUUCAGAUGAAUACAAUCAGUGGAAGAACCAUAACUUUCCUAACUUCCUGGAGGUACUAGAAGAGUUUCCAUCCCUACAUGUGCCUACAACAUUUGUGCUCACUCAGCUGCCACCUCUGAAACCCAGAUACUACUCUAUCAGUUCCUCAAAUGAUAUGGUGCCUGGGGAGGUCCAUCUCACUGUUGCUGUUGUGAACUACACAACAAGAGGUGGCCAGGGCCCAUUACAUCAUGGCGUCUGCAGCACAUGGCUAAACACUCUGAAUAUCAAUGAAACAGUUCCAUGCUUUAUUAGAAGCACCAACACAUUCCAUCUCCCAGAAAACCCAUCAGUUCCAUGUGUAUUGAUUGGCCCUGGAACAGGAAUUUCUCCAUUUAGAGGAUUUUGGCAGCAGCGACUCUAUGACCUAGAAAAGAAAGGAAUAAAGGCCGGGUCUAUGAUACUACUGUUUGGCUGCCAGCAAUCAGGGAUGGAUGAAAUUUAUGCAGACGAGACAAAAUAUAUGAAGAAUAAAGGCAUAUUGAAAGAUGUGUACACUGCAUAUUCCAGGCAGCCAGGACAAGCCAAGAUGUAUGUUCAAGAUAUUCUUCUAAAGAACUUGGAGAGUGAAGUGUGUCGGAUUUUGUUUGAAGAAGAAGGCCAUCUGUACGUGUGUGGAAACUUUGACAUGGCAAAGGAUGUUGUUCAGACCCUGAAACACUUGAUAGCCAAGAGGUUGAGACUAAACGAGGAAGAAACUGAAAAUUAUUUCUCUGAGCUGAAGAACAAAUUAAGAUAUCAUGAAGAUAUAUUUGGCCCUGCUCAUAGGCCUCAGCAUUCAAAAAAUGGAUACCAUUCUCUUGUGGCUCUUAGUACACCAGUCUAUACUGUACAUCAUAGGACUAAAAUUAUGAAAUAGGAAUACUAGAAUGGAAAAUAGUACAGGCUUGAUUCUGAGCACCUUCAUAUGUCUUCCUUUCCAUCUUUAUGCUUAUAAUCAAUGUGCAUCAGUAGCAUUUCAAAUCUGUUUUCCCUUGUGAAAAAUAGCUUAUAUACAACUAUCAUUAUUUAUAUUAUUAUUAUAAUAAUGAAGUUCUGGGUAAUGUGACAAUGUUUCAUUGUAUUGCACAGUAGAAAGGAGGCACUUCAGUGGUACUAAACCACAUCCAUUCAAGCGGAUGUACCAAACUAAAAGCUUAAUUGUAAAAGGCCAAAUAUAUCAACCCCCACAUUUAUUUUAACAGUGGUCUUAUGGGUGUUGUUCUUGGAGAUGUCUCCCUAAUAAAAGCUACAGAGGGGAGGAUCAACCUGUGAGAAUGAUGCUUUGGUUGAGAGACACUUUUCCCAAGAUAUGCAACUAAGCAGAGAGAUCCCAGCCUAUGACCAGAAAGAAAUAGUAUCCUAAGGGUUUUACCUUGACAUGGUAUGGUGGCCAGGCAAUUUUAUGAUCAUAAACUUGAACAGAGUGGAUUGUUGCUGCAAUCUGGGACCAAGAAAUGUGCACAUUUGCCAUUUGGGAGCCCUGUAUUUGUGUCAGCUAUGCUAGUUAAAGAUCAAGUUUUGUUUUCUCUAAAUAUUUAAGUUUUUUUCAAUAAAAAUCGAAUUUGUAGAGAUUUAUCAAGCCCCAAAGCAGCAAAAAAAUCCAAAGCUGAAAAUACUCAAGCGAAAAACCUGUCAAAUUCAUGUAAAAGUCAAUGGCAGAGGUCCCUUUAACCAUUUGAAAAUGGUUUUUUGCCUUCACAAUUUUUGAGUGUUUUGGGGUGUU